CCUGCUGCGCUUUGUUUGGCAUUUUCUCUUAGCACAUCAGUGUAUAGGUAUACAUAUGUAGGUACUUAUUAGUCAUCGAUGUAGGAGGGGAGCGCAGCUUUAAACUUUUCAGGAUCAUGGAGAAAAUUGCGAUCGGAGGGGCAAUGAUUUCUUUCUGCACGCAUAUAAGUAGACGCCGAGUCAGUCGGCACUUGGCCAUCAUCAGGAUGAAUGAUUGAUAUCUCGUCUGCUGACUUAGUUGUCGCUGAUGUGUAUUUUCAUCUUUCUUCUCUUCAGCUUCUGUCUUUAGCUCGUGAAGCUGCUCCUAGCUCUCAUCGCGCUUAUAUAGCUUGCUCGUCUCUUUCCCACGCGUUUUGCUUUCCGGAGUGAUUGACUCCUUUAUUGCGCGCCGCCGGAUUGUUUCGGCGUAAGCACGUUUGUUCGUUUAUUUUCGGCUUUAUCGAUCGGUGCGGAAUGGAUUCGCGCAAGUUUGCCAGCUUGGAGACUCCUGGCUAUGUAGGUUUUGCAAAUCUACCCAAUCAAGUACAUCGAAAAUCUGUGAAGAAGGGCUUUGAAUUCACAUUGAUGGUUGUUGGAGAGUCUGGACUUGGAAAGUCAACCUUGGUGAAUAGUCUUUUUCUAACUGAUUUGUAUCCUGAACGAGUUAUUCCUAAUGCAACAGCAAUGGUAGAACUUUGUAAGAAAACAAAUCAGGUAGUAAAGCUAGAUGCUUCUACUGUAGAAAUUGAGGAGAGAGGUGUUAAACUUCGUUUGACUGUAGUUGACACACCAGGAUAUGGUGAUGCAAUUGACAAUACAGACAGCUUUAGAGCUAUAAUACAAUAUAUUGAUGACCAGUUUGAAAGAUUCUUAAGGGAUGAAAGUGGUUUGAACAGAAGAAACAUUGUGGAUAAUCGAAUUCAUUGCUGUUUUUACUUUAUUUCACCCUUUGGACAUGGCCUUAAACCAUUAGACAUUGAAUUUAUGAAGCAACUGCACAAUAAAGUUAAUAUUGUCCCUGUGAUUGCCAAAGCUGACGUUCUCACAAAGAAGGAGAUGUUGCGUUUGAAGAAACGAGUUUUAGAAGAAAUAGAAGAAAACGGAAUUAAAAUCUAUCCUCUACCAGAUUGUGACAGUGACGAGGACGAAGAUUACAAGGAACAAGUAAAGCAAUUGAAGGAAGCUGUUCCUUUUGCAGUUUGUGGCGCAACUACACUCUUAGAGGUAAAAGGAAGAAAGGUUCGUGGACGGCUUUACCCAUGGGGAGUUGUAGAAGUAGAGAAUCCUGAUCAUUGUGAUUUUAUAAAACUAAGGACUAUGUUGAUCACCCACAUGCAGGAUUUGCAAGAAGUCACUCAAGAAGUACAUUAUGAAAAUUAUAGAAGUGAACGAUUGGCCAAAGGAGCUCCCGUACCACCGCGACGUCAAACUAUAACCGAAAAUGAUAAAAAUAAUGCAGUAUCUGAGAAGGAUCGUAUCUUGCAAGAAAAAGAAGCGGAAUUGCGAAGAAUGCAGGAAAUGUUAGCUGUAAUGCAGGCUCAAAUGCAACAACAGCAACCGUAAAAUGUUUGUGUGUCAGGUGCCAAGAAAAAACAAUGCAAAAGAUCUGAAGAAAAAGAAUUUCUGUGGUUUAGACUAUCUUCUGAAAGUCUGAGAUUAACGCGGGCAAUCCAAGUUUUUUGCCUGCGUUUGAAGUCGAAUCUUAAGUGCAUCAACGAUUAAUCGAUUCAUCGUGAUAUACUUCAUACCUCAGUAUUUUCAUUUUAUUUGAACUCUUAUCCUUAGCAAGAAACAUGACAAGCAAUUCACUCUCAAUCGCGUGGUUUCUGCGUUUCACAAAAUACUUACUAUGAACAUAAACAGCGAAACCUAAGAAGUGCCUUGCAGUCAUUCUUGAUUACAAACAUUUUUUAGUCGCUUUUAUAUACUUUCACAUCUAUAAACUUAAAAAAAAAAUCAAAAAAGAGAAUUUGGCAGUAUUUCAAUCAAAGAAUAAAAAUUGCGUUUUUUAUAUUUUAAAGGAAGAAGCUAACAGGUUUUAUAGAGAUUAGACUCGAAUGGAAGGGAUAAAAAUCGAAUCCUUCCACCGACUUCCAAAUAUAAGUAUUUUAAGUUUUCUGCAAUUCAAACAAGAAAAAUAUAAGAAUAACUAUUUUACAAAUUUAAUGUUUAUAAACCUGUAAUGAAGGUAUGUCGCUGCAGUUGUGCGUAUAUAUAAAUAUAUAUUUUCAUAAUGAACGUGCUUGGCAGACGACGCAAGCGUUGUGUUUGUUUACUAGCAAUAUUUUUUCAUACUUACUUUCUGGUAUGGAUGGAUCUAUUCGAUACACUAUAGAACGAUUAAACGUCAUUUUAAGUUUACAUAAUUUGAUCAGAAAUCAAUGUUAAUCUCGUAAUAAUCGUGUUUUGAAUUUACAAAUUAUUCAAUGCCAAGUAUUUAAUGCUGUACAACUCGUUUCGCUUAUUUAUUAAAUUUAAAGCAUAAACGUAUUAGAAUGGUAUUUAGCUUUGCACUAGAAUAUAAUGUAUACGUAACUUGUAUAUCAUUGAACCUAAAACUAAAUUUACCUAUUUCAAAAUGUAAAAAUAAUCCAUCCCUACUUCUAUUUUAUUGAAUUCAGACUUAAUAAUAUUCCAGCUGAAUGAUUCCAGACUUAAAUACAUGUAAGAUGUUUUGUAAAAUUUUACUUGUUAGAUAUUUAACAGAAUCUUUUUUAUUAAUAUUUUAUACACAUUUUUCUGACUGUCAACUGGCUAAUGAGUCUUAAAUUACAGUAUAAGCAAUCUCGCACACAAGUGUUGGUGAUUUUUUACAAUUAAUUUUUUACAUAUCGAGUUUUAAGAAGAAUGUAGAGCUACAGGCAGUUUUGCUGGACUGUGUGAAGCUCAAGAUCUAUGCAUAUAAUAGUCUAUUGCUGUAGAGAAGGCCGCAAAACCGGCCGCACCGACAAUGCCUGCCUUAACACCGGCUACAAGGCAAAGAAAAUUUUUUUAUAUGUAAAAAUCCGAAAAUAAUAAAAUUAUCAAUAUCGUAAAA